UAGUGUUUGCAACACAAUACAUGGCUUUAUAAAUCAGCGAUGUAAAAUUGUUGUGUAAGCAAAAAAAGGUAGUAUAGUUGUAAAGUUAUGAUGAUAUGAUUUCUCGGUUUCGUUAAUUUAAACCUUAUAAAACUUUUCACUUUCACUUUUCUUGGUGCAGGAUGUAUAUCUGAAAAGUCCUUUCUAUGAUUGUUUAAUUUCUUGGAUGGCCAAAGAAGGUAAAAGCCGGGAUAAAAUGUACGAGGUGUUGAAAGUGGUGUGCAGUACUCACGAGUUACCUUUGGCUCAGAUGUGGGCUCCGUGCAGGCAUCCCGGUACCGUGGCCUAUGAUGCUAAUAUGGACAAUAGCUCUGAUACAUUUGAUGCAAGGAGUAUGGGACAAGUCCUACACUUUCAAAGGACAGCAUCUUAUGGUCAAGAUAGUACUGAUUCUACGACAAAAUUCUUAGGGAUAAGCACACUAAGGAACUUGCAAAAGGGACGAGGAAUUGUUGGGAGGGCAUAUCUCUCGCAUAAACUAUGUUUUUGUAGAGAUAUAACUCAAUUCAGCCCAUCUGAAUACCCAAUUUUCCCUGAUGCAUGCCAUUUUGGGUUAGUUGGCUGUUUCACGAUUUGCUUGCAGAAUACUUGCCAUGGAGAACCUAAUUACGUGCUAGAAUUUUUUUUGAUUCGUGAAAAUGCAUGUGAUGAAGAUCCAAGUACCUUCUUGUGCUCGAUACUAAAAACAAUGAAGCAGCAUUUCCCAAGCUUUAAGCUUGCUUCUGGAGAAGAACUCAAUAAAGAACUAAUGAUUGAAGUUAUUAAACCUCACAUGAAUCAGGAACUUGCUUCUUUUCAAUGCCAAAGUACUAUAUCUCUGUCUAGGUCUGGAGUCUUACAAAAUGGACAAGAAAUGACGUAGCCACGUUCAUCAAAUCAACAACUAAUGCUUGAAGUUGAUGAUGAUAUCAACAAUGGAAGGAAUGUUGUUAAUGCACAGCAAAAUAACACUCCUGCUUCUUGUUUAGAUGUGGCAAAUUCAAUUACUUAUAAGGAACUCAAAAAACAUUUCGGAAAGAAACUUGAAGAUGUUGCAGGGAUAU